AUGGAGGGUCUCAGUGUUGCGAUGAGGUCUGCCUGUGAGCUUGGUAUUUUCCAGGGUAUUCAAAUUCCAAAUGGAGGUCCGAAGAUCUCUCACUUGCUACAUGCAGAUGAUGCCCUAUUCAUAGGGGAGUGGUCGAGAAACAACAUCAGCAACCUCGCCCGUAUUCUCCAUUGCUUUCAUGUAUCUUCAGGGUUAAAGGUAAACUUUAACAAAUCUAAAGUCUUUGGCGUUGGAUCUGAUAUGCAAGAAGUAGCAAGGUGGGCCAGUACACUGGGGUGUGAACCUUCUGCACUACCGUUCACAUAUCUAGGAGUUCCUGUGGGAGCUAACAUGAAUUUAAAGAAGAACUGGGAACCGAUUAUUGAGAGGUUUCGGUCCAAACUCUCAAAAUGGAAAUCAAAAUCCUUAUCUUUCGGUGGUAGAUUGACCCUUACCCAAUCGGUACUUGGUAACCUUCCAACCUAUUUCUUAUCAUUGUUUUUAGCACCUGAUGGGAUAAUACAAACUCUCGAAAAACUAAGGAGAAGAUUCUUAUGGGGGGCCUCGGUUGAUAAGAAGAAGAUACACUGGGUCUCGUGGGAUAGAGUGGUGGCACCCAAGGAGAUGGGAGGCUUAUGGAUUGGCACUAUCAAAAGUCUCAACAUCUCUCUGUUAAUGAAAUGGUGGUGGAAACUGAGAACUGAACCACAUCAUCUUUGGGCACAAGUAAUAUCAAGCCUGCAUAAUCUUAAAGUGAAACCUGAUGGUAUUUACUCGAAGAAAUCAUUAACUCGAGUUUGGAAUAACAUCGCUGGUAUAAAGAAGGCCCUUGGUAAAAAAGAAAUACCGAUUGAAUCCGUGUUAUCCAAACAACACACAACUAAUGGGGAAACUUGGAGAUGUUGUCUGUCUUCGACGGGAACGUACGAGGUUCGUGACCUUAGACAUAGAUGGGAUUACACGACAUCUGUCAUGGAUGGUCAAAUCAGUUGGCUUAAGGAAGUCCCUCUAAAAGUCUAUUGCUUCAUCUGGAGGGCGAAAAUGGGAAGGAUACCUGUUGCAGUGGAGUUAGCAAAGAGAGGGGUAGUUCCGGAAAAUUUGACUUGCCCCAUGUGUAAUGAAUACGAAGAGGACUCUAAUCAUGUUCUGGUAGACUGCAGUUAUGCCAGGAGUGUAUGUGAAGGGGUAUCAAGAUGGUGUAAUAUUCAAUUGGGACCUCUCCACACAGUCAAGGAUGUAUUGGGUUCCAUUUCUCAAUGGGGGGUAUGCAAAAAAAGGAGAAGGAUAAUCUUAGCAAUCUAUUAUGGUACUUUAUGGAGUCUUUGGAAGACAAGGAACGAAAUGGUCUUCAAGAAAAACCGGCUGCCACCAGAUAAAGUCACUGAUAUCAUCAAAUCAGUGGUUUACCUGUGGGUGAAGAAUAGGGGGAACAACGAUAAGUUAAAUUGGGCAUCCUGGUCUCAUUGCCCUUGGCUUUUCUGA